AUGCACCACAUGUUGCCACACUUCAAUCACAGUCCGUCAGUCCCACACCAGACCACCCCCGAUCCAUUACCCACCCCACCAACCGUCCCAGUGCACCCCCACACCGCACCCAUCCCCGAUCCAGAUUCCCUCCACCUCCUCUCCUCUCCUCUGCCGCCGGGAUCCCCUCCUGGUUCUUCUUCGAUCUGUCGUCCCCGUCUCUCCCUCUCCCCGAUCCAUGGUGGGAUCCUCCGUCGUGUACACGUCCUGCAGGCCGCACGCGAGCGCAUCCUUCCUCCACCACCCGGCCGACCGGGCCCGUCCCGGCGACCAGCCCGGGCUGCUCCCCGCCGCGGCGUGGAGGCGGGGCGGCGCGGCAACCCCGAGGGCGAGCCUAGUGGCGGUGCGGACGACGAUGGAGGAAGCGGUGUACGAGGUGGUGCUGCGGCAGGCCGCGCUGGUGGAGGACGUGUAGGGGCGGAGAGCAAGGCGUGGCACACGGCGCCGGUGGUGAUGCAGGUAGUGGACACCGUGGGGAUCCCGCCGCUGGCGGUCCGCCACGGCAUGCCAGGCGGCAGGGUCGAGCGGUACUCCCUGGUGCUGUCCGACGGCCUGCACACAAUGGAGAUCAAGCUCAUCACGCCCCUAAGGCAUCUCGUCAGGGACGGCUGCGUCCGCCGGGGCUCCGUCGUGCGCCUCCUCUGGUACUGCACCAUCUUCGAUCAGAUUGCCUCUACGAUGGUGGAUGGACAGAAGAUGUCCGAGAAAUUAUUUAUUAUCUCCAUCGCAAGUAUCCAAAGGCUCCGAUGUUCUGUGUUGGUACAAGCAUAGGUCCCAAUAUUGUGGUAUCUUCUCUUGGUCUAAAUUUUCCUUUUAUUUCUAUCACAAGUGACGAUUGAAUAGUUGUUAGUUCCUUAUAGUCUACGAACACCACUUAUAACUGCGUCUACAAAUUUACUGGAACUCUCACCAAUUUUGAACUUAGUUUGACACCUCCUUCCUGAGAAGAAUGUAUUUGUCAUGAAUAAAGACAUUCACUGCUCAUAGAACCUAUGAAGAAUCUUUCCUAUGUUUUGAUUUAUUGGUAACUUAGAGUUAGGGUGGCAUCUGGGGAGAUUUCUGGAAGUGCUUUUGCUUUUUUCUUGUUUACCUAUAGCGAAAACUGUUGGAGGCUGCAACAGUAAAUUUAAGUAUCAAAUUUUACUUUUGCUUUAGUAUUACUGAGUUACAAAUUCUCAACCUCCUCUUUUGAUUCGUAUCAAAAUCAUUUCGAUAGAAUGGCAGGGCUUCUCUUCUGUACAACCAACUUUACCCAAUUGCUUCCACAGAGCAACACCAAAUCCGCACUUAGCAUCAUUGUGUCAGUGCAACACCAAUUCAGCACUUAGAAUCAUUGUAUUUUGUCAUUUAACUUCAGUUUUGUAGCUAUGUGACAGAUUUAUUGCCCGUAAGCUUGUGCAACGGUUUUAUGACAAAGCCCUUGAGUUUGGUCUAAAGGGCUAUGCAAAGCUGUAAGUAUCCGGUCCUCAGUAAGCAUUUUUACAUGACUCUUUUUACCGAAUCUCCAGUUUUGACGUCAUUCUUACUGUUUUCGUUUUGGUGCUACUGCUAUACUCUCCUGUAAAUUCGUACUAUGUGUAUAUAUGAAACCUAAUUUUAGUCUUUUUUUAAUAAAUUAAAUUCUCACUUGAGGACAAAAGAUAGACCUUGUCUAUCUACCCUUGUUGAGUGAUGCCAUUUUUUUUGUAGUUCUAAUUCUUCUAGGUAGUACCAACAAAGAGCAAACCAAAUGAUUUCUUCAGGAAAGAGGAAAAGCCCAUUAACUUCAGAAUUCAUUUGUCAAGUCUGUGAACUGGCAGGCUUGUGGUGGCGACGCUGACGGUCGUCGAGAGAUUCGUGGACUGAAUGGUGUCGUGGCUGCCGAUGGAUUCCUUCGUCCGCUGGUGGUGAGGCACGAGCACGACAUCGAUCGAGGCUUGCUGGAGCUGAGGGUUAGGGCUAGGGACGUGACGGCGUCACAACUCAAGGCGGCGGCCGCCGUCGGUCAGGUGUGGCUCGCGAGGCUGCUCGGUGUGUUUCAUUGCAGCUGCAGGCCACAUGAUCAGGCCGGGUAGGCUUCGCACAUUGACUAGGCACACAAACACUGUGUGAUAGGAAUUAUACAUGAGUUGCCCCUAGCUACAAUGAGAAAUUGUGUGAUGGUAGAUACGACAAUUGUGUGAUAAAAUGGAAUUGCUUCAUUUUAUUUUUUUAAUUCCUAAUAAGUUACUAGUAGCGUGGGGAGGAAACUGAGCGCUACUAGUAUAUAGGAUACUAGUAUCGUUUGUAGUUUACCAACGGUACUACUAUUUCAUUACUGGUAGCGCGUGUACGUAAUGGCAGUAGCGCGGGUGAAACGCGCUACUAGUAACUUUUUUAGCAGUAGCGCGGCGUAAAAAAC